UACGUUUUAAUGUGUUAAAACUUUCCUCUGAAAACUGCUGAUAGUUUUUAUGUUUUCUAAAUAAAAGUGUUUAGAAACACUAAAAUGUUGUACAUAUGUGUAAGUACCGUAUGUAGUUGUAAAUAGUUGUCUCAGAGCUGAAUCCUCUUUGGUUCUGAUUGGUCCAUUCAGAGAGAAACCAGCCACUGAGCUGCAGUAGCAUCAAGGUCCAGUUCUUCCAGUGCAGUAGUCCAAUCAGCCACUAGAGGGCGCAGGACGCCUCCAGGUCCUCGUGGUUCUUCUUCAGCUGAUUUUCUGCAGGUUUUCUGCUUUCUUGGGUUGAUAAUUGCCGAGGACGUGUGAGGAUGGCAGCUUCACCUUCAUCGUCCUCCUCUUCCUCAGCUGCAGCAUCAGUGAUCCUAGAGGUCCAGUUCAUCUCCUGCUGAUGCUUCCAGUUCUUCUGGGUUUCUGCUGCUCAGCUUCUGAUCUGCUUCACUGACAGCUUCAGCUUUUCUGUCUGGACCAACAGAUGAUUGAUUUGCUGCUGGAAACGGUGAUGGUGCAGCAGAUCCUGCAGGGGGCGCUCUGGGGCCUCAGUGUUCAGGAAGUAGUGGAAUCCAAAAAGUGUUCCUCCCAUCAUUUGGUGAAGCUCAUUGGUUUGAUCUCUACGAUUUCAUCGGACCUCCAUCCCCUGGAAAAGGUCACGGCUCUUCCUGCUAAAGUUGCGAUGGCGGAGCGGGUUCUGGUGGUAGGAGGCGGGGGACGGGAACACGCGCUGGCCUGGAAGCUGGCCCAGUCGCCCCGGGUCCAGCAGGUUCUGGUGGCUCCCGGAAACGCAGGAACCGCCAGCUGCGGCAAGAUCAGCAACUCUGAGGUGUCGGUGAGCAGCCACGGCAUCCUGGCUCAGUUCUGUAAGGACCACCACGUCGGUUUGGUCGUAGUCGGACCCGAGGCGCCGCUGGCAGCAGGUAUGGUGGACGAUCUGACGGCGGCGGGCAUUUUGUGUUUUGGACCGUCGGCUGCGGCGGCUCGGUUGGAGUCCAGUAAGAGUUUCGCAAAGGCGUUCAUGGGGCGUCACGGCGUUCCCACGGCUCCUUCAGCGACCCGCAGGACGCCUGCAGCUUCACCGCGGCGCCGACUUUCCGGCUCUGGUGGUGAAGGCCAGUGGGCUGGCGACGGGGAAGGGAGUCAUCGUCGCUGGGGAUCGGGACGAAGCCUGCCGGGCCGUCAUGGACAUCGUGAUGGGUUUUGCUGGACUGUUUGACCUGAAGGCGGCCGGGUUUGUUGACCCGAUCCUGGUUUCUGGGACAGACGGUGUUGGAACUAAGCUGAAGAUCGCCCAGGCCUGUGGCCGUCAUGGCGGUCUGGGUCAGGACUUGGUUGCCAUGUGUGUGAACGAUGUUUUGGCUCACGGCGCCGAGCCGCUCUUCUUCCUGGACUACUUCUCUUGCGGCAGUCUGGAUGUAGAAGUUGCCGCCUCCAUCGUCGGCGGCGGCGCCAAGGCGUGUGAGGCGGCCGGCUGCGCCCUGCUGGGCGGUGAAACGGCAGAGAUGCCCGGUGUUUAUGCUGCGAACUUUAGUUUGUUUGUUUUUUACCAUUGCUGUGUUUCUAUUAGGAAGAUUUCUUUUGAUUUCAUUCUUUUUAGGAACAUCAGCCAGGUGUUUGGCCUUCAAAUGUUCCAAUUUAGCAGAUUUAUCUCAUCACUUGAGUCCAGAGUUUCUCUCAAAGGUCCUAUUUCUCUUCAAAUUAAUUCACCAAACCAUCUGAAAAACACUGAACUUCACAUUUUCUAAACUGUACUUUAUGAGAAUACAUUAAAAAAUUACAAACUUUACAUUGACGGCCAACAGUUAUCUUUCUUCCUUGCUAAUAAUCAAAGGAGAUACAAACAGACAUAAAAUCUGAACAUGAGCAAACCGUUUCAAAUUGAAACAGAGACAAAUAAACACUGAAAGGCAACAGAAAACAUUGGCAUAUUUAUACUGGCCAUUUCAUAAUCCCACUCUAAAUCAAUUUUGCUUUUACUUUAAAGAGAUUUAUUUACAAUAAACUCGGCUGUAAAGUGAAGAGGACGUGUCACAAAAAGAGCGACGCCUCAGCAUUAAAGAUACUUCAAUGAAUGAACUAUUGGAGCUAAUCUGACCAAACGCUGCACAGCAGCCAGACGGGGUUUCUGUUGACAGAUUAUUACUACUAAAUACAUACGG